CAGCAGACAUGGCUGAGCUGUAGGAAGACGCGGAGCCUGCUCUUGGCGCCAGAGACUCGGCCUGAGGACGAGACAUUCAAGAAUUCAGCAAGGUCCGGAAAACUCUUGGCAAAAAAGUCGCUUCGCACGAUCGUGAAGAGUAGAGUGCUGAAUAGCACCGCGAGCUGUCCCGCUACAUCCAAGUUCCCUGCUCACCUCAACAGCAAUCGGGCCACAACCCACUCUUGGAGUGAGCUGAUUGAGCGGGAAAUCGCGGAGUUUUCUCUUGGCCGGCGCAGGUUUGAAUCGAUCACGCAUCUCAGAAGGCUUGCUCCUUACCGGCCGGAUCAAUUCACAGUGGGGAUGUGCAGUCGAUAGCUAACGGGUUCGAAGAACGGCAUUGGACGCAUCGAACAACAGGUGACCCAACUUGCCUCGUUCACUUCUCGGAGAAAUCAAUGUUAUAAUAAGUUCUAAAGCUAGGGUUUAUAUUCCAAAGUCCACAAUCUAUCGUUUCUUAGGUCUUCAUGCCGAUUCGAUGCUACCAACACUUCUACUCGACUCUCAUAUAAACACUCAUGCCAUCAUCCAGCGUCCGCAGCAGAACAUCUCCAAACACACUAAUCAUCCAACGGGGACAAAAAUAUCCCCCAAAAACAAUCACUAGCACACAAUUCCACAACACUACACCAACCCCAAAACCCCCAGCGCCCUCCAUAGCAGAUGUAAAAAUCGUCACAUACCCUUCAUCCACAUUCCCCCCCAGACAAAAAAAAACAAUCCCGCAAGACCCAACACCGGCCCAACACCGGCGAAUCACCACGCUCUAAUUACGGCGAAACUUCCCAUCCCAAAAUCCCUCAUUAAUAAACCAUCAUCCAAGCCCAGCCAUCCAGUCCGC